AUGAAUGCCUGGGUCAGUGAUGUUGUUGUGGAGGAGGGGGUCGAAGAAGAGGCUGGGGAAUCCGUGGGAGGGGCUGUAAGAGGGAGUAAUGUGGUCGAUUCGGUAGUUAAAGUCGUAGUUGUAGUAGUAGUUGUGGUUGUGAAGAUCUCAGUGGUCUCUGUCAUCGUUGUUUCCGGCGUCGAAAUCUCAGAAGUCGAUGUCUCUGGAGUCGUUGAAAGAACAUUUGGCUCAUCCUGA